UCAAUUUUUUUAUCUACCAAUUGCGGCUCUUCUCCACUUCGCUUGCGACGACGAUGACGACCCACCAGUCGCCGUAUUCCAAACUAUUUUAAAGCACACACAAUUACUUUUAGUUUACAUCGAUUAACGCCAAUCUACCGAGUUAAUAUAAUUAUAACAAUUACUGAACGAUUCGCAGCGAAUUUAUAUUUUUAAUGCAGAAAAUUCCAGCGCCACACGCCGAGAAAUCAAGAAACGACGACGACGACGACGACUCCUUUUUUCAUCAAUAUGGCGGUGCAGUGCUGACAACCUUACAACAUCUUAGUAUUGCCAACUAAUUCACUACUGCUACCACUCAGAUACCACUACACUACCCAACGACUUGGCAAAGUUCUUUCAAUAUAUGCGAACGUGAUUUUCUGUUUUCUCUAUAAGUAGAUGUACUUACGAAAAUUUAAUAUUUACAUAUGCAUUUGUGUAAUUUCAAAAUUAAACAGCUCCACAUGCUAAUGGACAAAAAUUUUGUUGCAUUUUGACACUGGCUUGGCACUCCUUACUAGCUCCGUAGUUGGCAACUCAUCAACCUUCUUCUCCAUUGCCAACAUUCAUUCAUUCAUUCUUAUAUGCAUUUUCGUAAACAAAAUGAUCAACUUGUCAAUGGAUUUGUUUCUCAUUCCACAUCACUAUUGAUACUAUUUGCUAUUGAGUAGUCAGUGGUUUGUACUUUGAAAAUAGUAGCGAAUAUGCAAAAGUACUUCUGGCCGGUAUUAUUGCCCAUUUUAUAUCUGGCCUUCUCGUUACCGCUAUUUCUGCGGGUCUACGCCACUGCUCCAACCGUAAUUGAUGAAGAGUUUCAUCUGCGACAAGGACUGCAUUUUUGCAAUAAGCGCUUCGAUGUGUGGGACCCGAAAAUUACAACAUUCCCAGGACUUUAUCUUGUUUCUUUGAUUCUCAUACCGUUGGGCGCGUGUACGGAAUUGGGUUUGCGAUGUAUAUCGCUUGCAGCGGCUACGGUGAAUAUAAUUGUGCUAUAUAAAAUACGACGUCGACUGCUCGGUGGUGCUUAUGGUCAGCUUGCCGCGCUCGAUGCCAUCAUUGUAGGUGCUCUGCCACCACUAUAUUUCUUUAGUCAUCUAUACUAUACGGAUACGUUGUCACUUACGACUGUGCUGCUUUUUUACUACUAUUGGCACAAAGAGUCUCAUCUACAGGCAGCUGUUUAUGCUGCAGCUAGUGUAUUGGUGCGUCAGACCAAUGUAGUCUGGGUUGCUAUGUGUUUUGGUAUAAUGGCACUGGAUGUGCUGAGCGGCAACUACGCACGCGCCAAAGGUAUUAAAAGACAGCAAGUAGAGCUACUUAAUCCAAAGGUGCUGUGGAGUAUACUUACUGCAUACCGGCUACUAGGGCGCAGCAUCUGGCAAAUAUUACGUAAAGGCUGUUAUUACCUCAUCAUAAUUCUGCCUUUUGUGUUUUUCGUUUUCCUAAAUGGAUCCAUUGUCAUUGGCGAUAAACGUGCACAUGAAGCCACCUUACAUUUGCCACAGAUAUUCUACUUCAGUCUCUUUGCACUAAUCUUCGGAGUUUCCAAUACACUGCAUGAACUGCGGCCCACUCUGCGUUGGCUGUCGCGUGAAAAACUGAUCGUACUAUUCUUGUUCGGCAUUGGCAUGCUCACCGUCAAAUGGAAUACACUAGUGCAUCCGUAUUUGCUUGCAGAUAAUCGUCAUUACAUCUUCUACAUUUGGAAUCGGUUCUACGGACGCUACGAGUGGUUUAAGUAUGCUAUGGUACCCAUUUAUGUAUUCGCCUUGGCUCUGCUACACUCUGGCCUGCAGCAUAUGCGCACCAGCUUUAAGCUGAUGUUUUGGAUAGCUACGGUGCUGGUUUUGUGCUUUCAACGCUUGCUAGAGCUGCGCUACUUUCUCAUCCCGUUCGUGCUGUACCGCUUGCAUACACAACCGCUUGUAAAAAGACGCUGGGCAGAAUGGCUGGAGCUGGGUUGCUAUGUGGCGCUCAAUGCCUUCACAUUCUAUAUAUUUUUAACCAAAGAAAUAGCAUGGAAGGACUACAAGGAACCACAACGCAUUAUUUGGUAAUAGUCGCAGCAUCGCUCUAUUUGCUUCAUUUUGGUAAGGAGUUGAACGCAUAAAGUAAGAUGUUCAAACUUAAAUGAUCAGGUAUUGCUUUUUGCCUGAUCGCACACAUGCACAUAGUCAUCAAUGUAUGUAAGUCAGAAAUGCGCAUAUGCGCAACGCAAUGCGUUGAGGGCAAGCUGUACAUUUUCUUUAUACCUAAGAUUUUGUGUAUGAAUCAAUUUUCCUAUUUUGAUUUUUUUGUUUUUGCAAUUUAGUUAAAUAAAUAUAAUAUUGAAUUUAA